AUGAUGGAUUUUGACGAGCGAGUCCCCGUCGGAUCGAACAUGUAUUUGCCCAGUUGCACUUAUUAUGUGUCGGCGGGGGCUGAUUUCUCCGGUCUUCCCUCAUUUUUGUCCCAGACCCAGUCCACCCGCCCCAUGACAUACUCCUACUCCUCUAACCUGCCGCAGGUCCAGCCCGUCAGAGAGGUGACAUUCAGGGACUAUGCAGCCAUUGACCCGUCCGGUAAAUGGUCGCACCGGGGGAACUUGCCCCAGUGCUACCCCAGCGCAGAGGACAUGGUGCACCGGGACUGUCUGUCGGCGCAGAACGCCGUCGUGGGGGACAUGUUCGGUAAGAACAGCCCCGCAGCCGCCGCUGCUGCCGCCGCGUACCACCACCACCACCACCACCACACGAGCGCCGGGUCCGCCGCCUCCAAUUUCUACGGGAACGUGGGCAGGAAUGGCGUGCUGCCACAAGCCUUCGAUCAGUUUUACGAGACGGCGUACGGGAACGCGUCGGAGAGCUCCUCCACGACCGGCUACUCGGGGGACAAAGCGGCGACCAAGCAGCCCAGCUCCGCGCCGGAGGACGCGCCGUCGUGCCGGGACGACGAGGCGAAGGAUCCCCGGGAGGACACGAGCAGCCCGGAGCUGUCUUCCGGCAACAAUGAGGAGAAAUCCAGCAGCAGCAACGGACAGAGGACCCGCAAGAAGAGGUGCCCUUACUCCAAAUAUCAGAUCAGAGAACUUGAACGAGAAUUCUUUUUCAGUGUGUACAUAAACAAGGAGAAGCGCCUGCAACUAUCUCGGAUGCUCAACCUCACCGACCGACAAGUGAAAAUCUGGUUUCAGAAUCGCCGCAUGAAGGAGAAGAAACUGAACAGAGAUAGAUUACAGUAUUACACGUCCAACCCUCUGCUUUAG